ACGGUAUCCAGAUGCAAAUCCAAUGAAGGGUAGAUGGUAAAAGGAGGCAGCUCUGUCUCUCUCUCUCUCUCUCUCGAUGAUAUCCUGUCUGACUUCACAUUCAGCAUUUGUUCAUCUUCCUCGGGAGAGCAUUUCUUCAAAGGAAAGCUCUCCCAACCAGAAAAUCAUAGAAAUUAAAUAUACAUAUAAUUCAAUCUCUUCUUCCACACUCCAGUGAAAGAAGAAAAAAAAAUAAAAAAUAAAAAAUAAAGGAGGGAGGGACAAGAGGGAAAAUAAGGAGAGAUGGGAAGGGCAUUUGUUUAUGUUAUUCUGGGAGGAGGGGUGGCUGCUGGGUAUGCAGCUCUUGAAUUCACCAAGAGAGGCAUCUCCCAUGGUGAGCUCUGCAUCAUUUCUGAAGAAUCAGUUCCACCUUAUGAGAGACCUGCUUUAAGCAAAGGCUUUCUACUUCCAGAAGCGCCUGCACGCCUUCCAUCAUUUCAUACUUGUGUCGGUGCUAAUGAGGAAAGGUUAACUCCAAAAUGGUAUAAGGAGCAUGGGAUCGAAUUAGUUAUAGGAACUCGAGUCAAGUCUGUUGAUGUGAGACGCAAGACACUACUGACAGAAUCUGGAGAGACUAUAAGUUACAAAGUUCUCAUCAUUGCAACAGGUGCUCGGGCACUGAAGCUGGAAGAAUUUGGAGUCAAAGGAUCAGAUUCUGAAAAUGUGUGUUAUUUACAAGAUUUGGCUGAUGCCAAUAGACUAGUAAACUUGAUGGAAUCUUCCUCUGGUGGGAAUGCUAUUGUCAUUGGUGGUGGCUACAUUGGAAUGGAGUGUGCUGCAUCAUUAGUGAUCAAUAGGAUGAAUGUAACGAUGGUUUUUCCAGAAGAACAUUGCAUGGCCCGAUUAUUCACACCCAAGAUCGCAAGUUUUUAUGAAGAAUUUUACAAAUCCAAAGGAGUGAAGUUUGUUAAAGGAACCGUUUUGUCCUCGUUUGACAUUGACUCGGACGGGAAGGUGACUGCUGUUAAUCUUAGAGAUGGAAGUAGUCUUCCUGCAGACGUGGUUGUUGUGGGAAUAGGAAUCCGUCCAAACGUGAGCCUGUUUGAAGGUCAACUAACGCUGGAGAAAGGUGGGAUCAAAGUGAAUGGAAAGAUGCAGUCAAGUAAUAGCUCAGUCUAUGCAGUGGGAGAUGUUGCCACAUUUCCAGUAAAAGUAUUUGGUGAGUCCAGAAGGCUCGAACACGUUGACUCAGCAAGAAAAUCCGCAAGACACGUUGUUACUGCAAUAAUGGAACAAAACCAAGUUGAUGAAUUCGACUAUCUACCAUUCUUUUACUCGAGAAUCUUCACCCUGUCUUGGCAGUUUUACGGGGACAAUGCAGGAGAUGUAGUCCAUUUCGGAGAUUUCUCAGGAGGCACAUUCGGGGCUUAUUGGGUAAGAAAAGGUCAACUUGUCGGGUCUUUUCUCGAAGGCGGAACCAAGGAAGAGUAUAAAGCUAUAGCCAAGGCCACCAAGCUGAAGCCAGAGGUUGAGGACCUAGCUGAGUUGGAAAGGCAAGGUUUGGGUUUCGCAUUGACAAUUGGGCAGAAACCACUGCCAUCAUCACCACCCCAUGGUGUUACCAGUUCUGGCAUCGUUCAGGAGAGGCCAAUGUACGCUUUUCAUGCAACUGCCGGCGUUGUUGUGGCUGCAUCGAUAGCAGCGUUUGCGUAUUGGUACGGAAGGAAGCGCCGGAGGUGGUGAGCAGAUGUUUGGGGACUGUACUAUAACCGUGUUGUGUGUGGCAUUGAAAGGUGUAGGAGAUUGAGAGAUGCCUCAAAUAUUUGAUCAAAUAUAUUGAGGAAGCAAAACUGUCGUUGUAAAUAAUUAAUGAAAUACAAAGAAUUAUAUGCA